UAUUUUAACUAAAAAUAUAAGCUGAAAAGCAAUAAUAAAAAAACGUUUCUAACUAAAAGUAGUGUCAGUUCUAAAUCUUAAAUUUCUAUAUUUAAAAUGGGUGAUUAUCCUGAUCCUGAUGAAGAAUAUGAACUCAUGUAUUCAGAUGACCUUGAAUUACUACGAGAUAUGGAUGACAAUACAGAGUCGAAUCCUGUUAGAAAGAAAUUACAAACAGCAAAGAGAAGUCUAGAUUUUUCCAGUCCGGUAGCUAUAAAAACAGUUUCUAGUGAAAUAUCUAACGCUAAUACUGCGAGUAAUAAUACAGAAACUAAUGCUCUGAAUAGUACAGACGCUUCAUUUAGCUUAACUCCAAGUUUGCAACCCUUAGAUGACAUCCUUUCAUCAAGUAAUGGGUCCAACAAGCGAACUGUGGAUGAUUUAUUUGGUGAUAUUAAUGAUAUUGACUUUGACAAUAUGGAGAUGCCGAGUAAGAAACAAAAGACUGAAGAGGAAUGUGAUAUGGAACUAAUAGAUAAAAUUAUAGAAGGAAGGAGACAGAGACAAUUAUUGACUGAGCCCUCGGCUCGAGGCAUUGUUGAUACAGGACCGAAUUAUGAUGUUAAGGAGAAUAUAACAACUAGUGUACCAAAAUGGCCUUUUAUACCAUUAAAAAAUUCAAACGGUGAUCGUAUAUAUGUGAGAUUGUUGUGUGAGGACUUAUGGGACGAUUCAUUAGACAAAGUGACAAAUCAGCUAUCGUUACAAACAACUUAUGCAUCUGUUUGGCAGGAGGCUCGGAAAAUUAUAGAGGCAAAGAAACAACAAUCAGAAUCAAUAGAAAUAUCUCAACAAGCUGAGACCAAUGAUAAUGUAGCGAAUGAGUUGUGGGUUGAGAAAUAUAGACCUAAAUCAUACAUCGACUUGCUGUCUGAAGAACCUGUAAACCGAGCUUUGUUGCAUUGGCUGCAUUUAUGGGAUAAGAUUGUUUUCAAAAAAGAUGUAAAGACCAAGGAACCACAACAAAGAAAUGCUAACAAAUGGAAAGGUAAAAAAGAAAAUGAGCCAGAAUUAGAUGAGGAUGGCCGACCACAUCAUAAAGUGGCAUUAUUGUGUGGACCUCCAGGCGUUGGAAAAACUACAUUAGCACAUCUUUUGGCUAGAUUAGCAGGUUACAGACCAGUCGAAAUUAACGCAUCAGAUGAACGUAGUACGGAAGCUUUUCAAACUGCAUUACAGAGUGCGACGCUCAUGCAGUCAGUAUUAGACGCUGAGAGACGUCCCAAUUGCCUGAUAUUAGAUGAAAUAGACGGUGCUCCAAUACAAACAGUAGAGUUACUUGUGAAAUGGUGUACUACUAGCAUUAAGAAAGAGGAGGGUAAGAAGAAGACUAAAACUCAGCCUUUAAAGCGGCCAGUCAUAGCAAUAUGUAAUGACUUGUAUGCUACUUCAUUGAGACCUCUCAGCGCCGUCCUUAUAGGACGCGUUUUUAACGCACACUUUUCCGUACAAAGAGAUGGUUCUGCCUUUUCCCCCUCCAUGUUCAACUGUCGCAGAGCGGCGGCGCUGGUGGUGUUCGUGGGCAGCGCCACGGCGCGGCUCGCGGCGCGGCUGGCGCGCGUGUGCGGCGCGGAGCACGUGCGCGUGCCGGCGCGCGCGCUGGCCGCGCUGGCGGCGCGCGUGCGGGGCGACGUGCGCGCCGCGCUGCACGCGCUCGCCUUCCUCAGGGCGCGCGGCCGGGGCACGGUGAGUCCGCCGCGCCGCACUACAGUAUGGCGUGCGGGGCGACGUGCGCGCCGCGCUGCACGCGCUCGCCUUCCUCAGGGCGCGCGGCCGGGGCACGGUGAGUCCGCCGCGCCGCACUACAGUAUGGCGUGCGGGGCGACGUGCGCGCCGCGCUGCACGCGCUCGCCUUCCUCAGGGCGCGCGGCCGGGGCACGGGCGCGCGGCCGGGGCACGGUGAGUCCGCCGCGCCGCACUACAGUAUGGCGUGCGGGGCGACGUGCGCGCCGCGCUGCACGCGCUCGCCUUCCUCAGGGCGCGCGGCCGGGGCACGGUGAGUCCGCCGCGCCGCACUACAGUAUGGCGUGCGGGGCGACGUGCGCGCCGCGCUGCACGCGCUCGCCUUCCUCAGGGCGCGCGGCCGGGAUAAACAUCGAAGAUGUAGAAAACGCAGCGAUCGGUACUAAAGAUAACACGACAAGUGUGAUGCAAGCACUGCAAGCCAUCUUUAGUGUAGACGACAAUGAAACUAAUUCCAUUCUAAAAACUAUACAAGCUGCUGGGGAAUACGAUAGAAUAAUAGAAGGAAUAUUUGAGAAUUAUUUGACGGCGCGCGUGGACUCCCGCCUUCUUAUAGCUUGUGAAACAAUGUCAUGGCUACGUCUGUAUGACGUCAUCAACUCCUGGACACAGAGGACUCAGAACUACUCCUUAUAUGGCCUCCUACCACUGUGCAUAGCUCGCUGUCAUUAUCUACUCGCUUCAAGGCAGCAGACAAAAGUGAAGUUUCCUAUGCAGGCACAAGAGAUGUCGCGGCGUCGCGCGGAGCUGGAGAGCGCAGUAGCGGCCGUGCGCGCGGCGCGUGCGGACGUGUCGCGGCGUGCGCUCCGACUCGACCUGCUGCCGCUGCUGCCUUAUGUGCUAUCUCCUGUACUGCGGUCUGCUAACGUGCAGUUAUGCAGUGAAACAGAGCGUAAAUCAUUGCAAGCCUGCGCGGGCGCAAUGUGUGACUUCGGUUUACAGUACACUCAGCAGCGCACUCCAGAGGGACUGUAUGCGUUUGUUCUCGAACCUGACGUGUACAAAGUUGCGUUUUUUGGUUCAGAAGAGCGAUUAAGACCGUCUCCAGCCGUCAGACAGACUAUAGCUCGUGAACAACAACUUGAAAUGAUAAGAAGGAACGAAAAUAUGAUGAACAGAAUGAGCAGUAAGGAUCCAACUUCCGAAGCUAAACAGAAGACAGACAAACAACCAAACAUCAAAGAUACUAAAACACAGCUACCGAACCACCUACAACGGUUGCAGCCGAAAGUUAUUGAGAAAACUGCACAAGUCCAUAAGGAUUUCUUCGGGCGUAUCGUUCCCCUAUCUCAAGUACAAAAACAAGACGCGGUCUCCGACGUCAUAUCGUCAAGCAGUGUGUUCUACCAGUACCGGGAAGGCUUUAACAACGCAGUGCGUCGAAACGUUCGUAUACGCGAUCUCUUAUAGAGAUUUUUAUUCAAACUGGCAACUAUAUAAAAUAAACUUUAGUCUGUGCAUAGACUAAAUUUUUUGUAUUUUCUGUCUAUAAAGAAAAAGCACACAUAAAUGUGUUAAUCUUUUUUCUACUACUAUAUAUGAGCUACAUCGUAGUAGAGAAAAACGACUAAAAUUGAUGAACGAAUGAUGAUGUUUUGAUAAUGUAGCAAUUUUUGAUUUGUUUAGAAACGACUCUAAAUCGGUAAUCGGAUCAGCGUUACUAACCCCGAAUGUGUCAAAUAUGUCAGUGCAUAAUCUUAUAUUAUUAUUUUUUUAUUUAUAAUAGGAAAAAUGUGAACCAAACUUGUGAUGUUUUAUUCCGUAUUACAUAUUGUACAGUGUUGUAAAUUAUUUUUGUACCCUUUUGUGAAUUUAAAAAAAUAAUAAUAAUAAACUGCAUCUAACAGA